GCCUGCCGCCAUGGUGACCGAUGCUCCAGAUUACAUAAUAAACCAACUUUCAGCCAGACCAUCGUGAUUCAAAACAUCUACCGUAACCCCCAAAACAGUGCGCAGACGGCAGACGGCUCCCACUGUAAGUGCCUCCGGUCCAGUCCUCUCAGCCCACCAGGUCAUUCUAGCUCUCUCCCCCUCCUCAGAUUUUAGGUCUGCGUCUCCACUGGCUUCCUGCAGGGCUUCGGAGGGUCUGUCUCAGCACUGGUAGCAGGGGGUACCACAACACUACCUCAACACUUUAGUAUAUCGCCAAUCGAAUCAAAAAAAAAUUAAAUAUAUUUUUUAAUCCGUUGCCAUUCAGAGGUCUAAGCCUAGGUGUAGAAUGACAUGCUCUGAUAGUGACAUUGAAAAGGACUCAAAAAAAUAAUGCCUUGAUCCCCACAAUUCAUAUUGGAUCUUUAAAGUUAUUAUCCACAGGAAAUCUCCACAUAGUACCUGUUUUCUAACAGUUAUAAUGCACAGAUGACAGACUUUAGGUAUUUUUCAGGCGCUUUCAGAGAAGACUGACAAUACACCUGCCCUAGUGCCCAACAUGCGUUUGUGAAUAGCUAGGUUUCCAUCCAAUUGGCAACAUUUUAUGGGAAUAUUCAAAAAUCUGCAUAAAACGAUGUGCACAUUUUCCCCCAUGAGAUAUUUUUCUGUUGCAGAUAAAAGGCUGUGCGUGAUGAGAAUGAACAUAAAAAAAUAGUUUGCUGUUUAAUUGGUUUCCAUUGCAUUUUCAACUCUACUGAUGGUUUUCUCACAAGAGAACGUGGGUUAUCGCCAGUGUGCCCACUCUGGUAUUGGCACGUUCUCUCUAGCAGCGCUGUCUACGCACUGUUGGCUAGAGUGCGUGUACAGCCUACAUGAUUACAUUUAUUAUUAUGGACAAAAGAGUGAGAUUAUUUUUGUCAGAUGGCAGCCAAGUAUCGAUAAUCAUGUCAUCAGAACAAGACCCUCAAUAUUUAUUGGAAAGGAGCAUUAAGCUCAUCACCUUGCACUUUCACCACCCUGUGAAGUUCAUUGUAACUUUUAUCUGUAGUCUAAUAAACUGCAUGCUUUACCGACGAGUCAUAGUGGGAGGACCACGUCAUAUAUCAAUAUUUGCGCUUAAAAGCGUUUCCACCAACAUUUCUCGCAUUAAUUUUACCAACUCAAAAAGAUCCCACCUUGUCUAGUGUAUUUUGUUUUGUCGACAUUUGGAAAGUUGAAUGAAAAAUGUUUCCAUCAGGCCUGUCAUGGCUUCUUUUCAUCCGACAUGUUUCUACUCGCAUUAAAAGGUUGGAGAAGAACCUGGUUAUAGACAGCAAACAAAUCUACAUGAGUUACUGUCUAGACACAGAACAGUUUGGGGUUUUUGCUCUUGCAAUACUGCCGCCCCUUUAUGUUAGACUGAUUCAGACGUCAUCAGCCAUAUUGUAAAUGUGUAAAUGGUACCCUGAUGUUGAGCCCCGGCUAGCAGAGCUGAUGCAUUGCCACUCGCUUCCUCUAAGGUAAGUCGUGGGUUUGUGGUCUUGUUGCUGUCAUGUGUAACUGUUCUGUUUCUCAGCUGAGAAACUCAGAAUGACUGGCAAAAAGUUACUUUUAAAAAUGUAUUGAAAGGAAGAAAUGAUAACUAGUAAUAGAAACAUCUUGGCAUCCAAUCACCUAUGAUUCAGCAAGUUCUAGAGGUCAUUUCAAGCCUCCAUGACCUGGUAUGUAAUGUUUGGGAGGCUAAAUUUUCGGUUGUAUUGGAUUUUCCAUAGUCAAAUAUUGUCAUGCUGAGACAUUCACUUCUUCCAGCUCCAUCUCUUUCAGCGUGGACCAGUCCCAUGGAUCAUCUUAACCUCUUUCAGUCAUCCCUUCCUACCCUGUUCUGGGCCUGGUUGGGGCACAAGUACACAGUUUUGAGGGAUGGGGAUGGGAGUAAAUGCACCUAUUUAACUACCAUUUUAGAAAUCUGCCUGAAACUAUCUCAAAAAUGUACAUUUUGUAUUUCAGACCAUUGCCCUCUUGAACAUUUACCGUAACCCUCAAAACACUGCCCAGUCUGCCGAUGGUUUGCGCUGUGCCGUCAGUGAUGUGGAGAUGCAGGAGCACUAUGACGAGUUCUUUGAGGAGGUCUUCACAGAGAUGGAGGAGAAGUAUGGAGAGGUGGAGGAGAUGAACGUGUGCGAUAACCUGGGAGACCAUCUGGUCGGAAACGUAUAUGUGAAGUUCCGUCGUGAAGAAGACGCGGAGAAGGCAGUGAUGGAUCUGAAUAACCGCUGGUUCAACGGUCAGCCCAUCCACGCCGAGCUCUCUCCCGUUACCGACUUCAGAGAAGCCUGCUGCCGCCAGUACGAGAUGGGGGAGUGCACUCGAGGAGGCUUCUGUAACUUCAUGCACCUGAAGCCCAUCUCUAGGGAGCUGAGGAGGGAGCUAUACGGACGCCGCAGGAAGAGGGGAGGGGGGCAUCAUUCUCGCUCCCGUUCCAGGGAACGUCGUUCGCGCUCAAGGGACAGAGGAAGGGGAGGUGGUGGAGGUGGACGCGACCGCGAGAAAAGGCGCUCCAGAGACCGAGAACGCUCUGGAAGAUUCUAAACAGAGCAUCUACCAAACAGCCAUCCCUCCCAUCUCCAUUAUCACUCUCCAUCCAUCCCCAAAUCUCUCUAUCCUUGCCUCCAUUGCGGCCUAUCAAUUCACCCUUGGCCCUUUCAUAUAAUUGCGUCCCAAUGACAUUAAUUGGAAAAUGUUGGACAUGUUUUGUUUUUUUCAAGAAAUGGAAUGCUUUUCUUUUCAUUAAAAAAACUAUGA